AUCACAGUACCAGUUGUUAAUCUUCAACCAAUGAAGAACAGUAAUGGAGUUUUCUAGAGAGAGAAUUACAAGUACCUAUCCUCUAGGUAUCGUUUAGUACAUGGGACAGGACGGAACGCAGUGGGACGAGACGUUCGGUUUCAUGUUUGGUGCGCAUAAAAACCGUGGAACGCAUUGUCCCACGGGACAAAAUUUGGCUGAUUUUUCGUUUCACCUCCUUCCCUUGGAACGAAUCGUUCCACGCCUGUGGAACACAAAAUUUUAACAUUUUAAGACAAAAAUGCCCCUUAUCUUUUUCAAUAUUUACAUCAUACAAAUCGCAGAAUAAAACCCUAUCAUCUUCUUUCCCUUUUCUCUGCCGCUUGCAUUUCCCAGGUAUCUCACAACCUUCCUCCUCGUCCUCUCCCGUAGGCUCUCUUUUCUCUUCCCCACGGAGUGGAACUCAAAGCUCUGCAUCUCCAGUUUUUCCUGUGGAAGAGUGAGGGCAUUUACUAUUGAUUUGGAAUUGAAGACGUAAACUUCAAACCUUUCCAUGGUGUUGAAUUUCAAACCUCUAGCAUCUGCCCGAAGAAUUUCAUUAUCUUCGACCAGAUUGAUCAUCGAAGUCAGAUUGUGUUCAAUCCUGAAAUUGCCCAGAAAAUUACUGGUCCUGCCUUUAACCUUUGUGCAGCUUACAUCCAAGACAAUCUGGGAUUGAUAGCUUGUUGAAAGUUUUCUGGUUUUUAAUUAAUUGGGGCUUUCUAGUGCUCAUUGUAAGGCAUAUGAUGAUGCAUGGGCAAGUUAGUCAUUUAAUUUUUUUUUUCCGUUCCGUCCAGCGUGUACCAAACGCAGAACGGAACAAUUGUCCCGUUUCGUCCUGCGCAUACCAAACAUAACAAGGAACCUUCAUUCUGUCACGUCCUGUCCCGUCUCGUCCCGUCUACGUACCAAACGGUACCCUAAGGCUAGUGAAUUGGAACCACAAGGGAUACUUAGGUUAUUCAAAGCCAGUUACAAUCCCCUCACCUGCGCAAAUGCUUCCAUAACUACAUUGCUUUGUCAAAGAACUCGGACAUGGAUUCCACCAGUGAACAACAACGAACCAGUGUCUACCACGUGGUGGCAGUGCCUCACCCAAGCCGAAGCCAUAUUUACUCACUGAUGAACUUCUGCAAGUUGCUUGCUUCACAAGAGAAAGACAUUCUCGUCACCUUCGUCCUCACACAAGAGUGGCUUGGCCUCAUCGGCUCCGACUCCAAACCCGACAGCAUUCGGUUCACUGCCAUUCCCAACGUAAUCCCAUCGGAGCAUGUCCGUGUUGCCGACAUGGAUGCCUUCUUGGACGCCGUCAGGACCAAAAUGGAAAAGCCGUUCGAGCUCCUCCUAGAUCAGCUGGAGCAGCCGCCUAGUUUGAUAGUAGCUGACACUAUACUGCAUUGGGCAGUUGCUGUCGGAAACCGAAGGAAUAUCCCAGCGGCGUCGUUUUGGCCAAUGUCCGCCUCCUCCUGGUUUUCACUGUAUCAGCAUUUUCACCUUUUCUCGCAGAAUGAGCACUUCCCAGCUAACCUGUUAGCAGAGAAAGGAAACGAACGUGUGGACUACAUUCCAGGAGUUUCUUCGACACGACUAGCGGACCUGCUUGCUUAUGAAAGCAACCAAAAGAAUGUAGACUUUUUUUUAAACCUCUUAUCUUGGGUACCUAAAGCACAAUACCUGUUAUUCGCUGCCACCUUCUAUGAACUUGAAACCCUAACCAUCGACGUUUUACGAUCAGAAUUAUCACUACCCAUUUACACUAUGGGCCCAUCAAUACCCUACUCCAAGAAAAAUGACCUCCCUAACCCAGCUACUAGUGAUGAUAGCUACUUCCAAUGGCUAGACUCCCAACCUUGUAGCUCAGUUUUGUACAUCGGCAUGGGAAGUUUCCUUUCAUUUUCUAGCGCCCAAAUUGAUGAGAUCGCUGCUAGUUUGCGCAACAGCGGCGUUCGGUUCAUUUGGGCGGCUCGCGGAGAAUCCGAAAGGUUAAAAGAGGCGUGUGGGGACAUGGGGUUGGUAGUGCCUUGGUGUGACCAAUUGAGGGUUUUGCGUCAUUCUAGUAUUGGGGGGUUUUUGAGUCACUGUGGUUGGAACUCGGUUAUGGAAGGUGUUUCUGCUGGUGUUAUUUUUCUUACCUUACCUAUAGGUUACGAUCAAGGAAUGAAUAGUAAACAGAUUGUGGAGGAUUGGAAGGUUGGGUGGAGGGUGAGGAAGAUUGAGGACAAAAUUGACCAUUUGGUGACAAAAGAGGAGAUUGCAGGCUUAAUGAAGAAGUUUAUGGAUUUAGAGGAUGAUGAAGGGAAGGAAAUGAGGAGGAGAGCUAGAGAACUUAAGCAGUUAUGUCAUGAUGCCAUUGCAGAAGGUGGAUCAUCUCAUGCCAACAUCAAGGCCUUCAUUGGAGACAUUUCUCAUAGGGCGUGAGGGUUGAGCAUUUCUUGUUUGUUGUUUGCCUUUAUUUCGUUGUUUCGUUCUCUUUUUUCUAUCAAAUAAAACUCAACAUUUUUGUUGA